UUCACCCUAUAGUAACAAAGGGAAACUAAAAGUUACAACUUGUAUUCAAAGACUUGUAACAAAGUUGUUGGACGUGUUGUAACUUGUAAUUAGUGAUGCCUAAUGUGUUUGGCUUAGAAUUUCCUAGCAAUGCCGGCGGGAAUCACUGAUAGUAUUCUAGAUUUUGACAAUGUAGAUGUUAUGAUAGAUAAAAGCAUCGCGAAACUUAGGAGUAUUUUAGAACGCUGGCUAUCUCCGCUCGUUGAAAAUGAACUGUAUAAAGAUUUGCAGGAUGUCAUCGAGUAUCAAGGAAGAAUAAAACAACGUGUCAAGCUGGUUUUGGGUAACGAAAGCAAUCAAGAAUUAGAGAGAAUUGAUCAGGAGGAUUUAACAAGCUCUCCCUGGGAAUAUCUUGGGCAUGGUGCAUUUGGUGACGUCUUCAAAGGAAAAAUGAGGGGAGCAUCAGUUGCCAUAAAAAUUCUACAAACAGUGCAAAACCCAUCUAAAUUAAAUGAAGGUCGAAUCCUCAGAUUAUUGAGACAUGACAACAUUGUUGCAUACCGUGGAAUGGAUUUCCUCAGGAAGGACUUGACAAAAGACUACAACGUGAAAGAGGGCAGUUUUAUGAUAAUCAUGGAGUAUGUCCCAGACAACCUUAGUAAUCAUGUAGAAAGUUUGAAAUCGCCUGAGGUGAAUGGCUUGCCGAAAAGUCAGGUUUGGGAUUUUGGUGAACAGAUCAUGAGUGGCUUGUAUUAUCUUCAUAGUUUUUCAAUUGCGCACAGAGAUUUGAAACCUGAUAACAUUUUGUUAGAAAAGGGUGUGACAAGGAUGCGGCUCAAACUGGCAGAUUUUGGUUUAGCACUUCAUUUGAAAAGUCCAAAUGACACUGAGACAAAUGAAAGCCAAUUUCAUCUACGUUGGUGUGCACCUGAAAUUCUUGGUGAGAAGAUUAUGGAGGAAGUUGAAGCAUUUAUGAAAGGUGAUAUAUUUUCCUAUGGAUUGGUUUUGCAUUACAUGUUAACUGGUGAUAAGCCCUGGGCCAUACAAGAAUCAUAUUUAGCUGGUGCGGAGAGAGCGCUCGAAGCAUUUCCAGAUUAUCCAGAAAACCUUGGUGAAGAACCACUUCAAGAUCUCUAUGACCAUUGCUUACAAUGGGAGCCAAAAGACCGACUUGGUGCGAGAGAAAUCAUCAAUCAGAAAUUUCAAGCUCACUCAACGAAUCCCUACACAGUUACAAUGCAGACAGCUGAGUUCUUCACCUGUGGCUUUCUCAAAGACACACAGAUAGUUGUUGCUGAUAGUAUUGUUGAUGAGUCUUUGGUUAGCUCAUUUGGUAAUAAGCGUCCACAAGGUUAUCAUCCUGAGUGUUUAGUAUGCAGUGUGGAAACUGAUAACGAAGAAUAUGUUGAUCGCAUAUUAGACGGGCCUUUUCAAGAACCUUACUUGGAACACCAUAAUGAAUGGGAAAGGGCAGCCCAGGAAAAGAAGAUUGACAACCUUAAGAAUAUCGCUUUAAAAUAUCUUGCUACCCCACGCGAGGGUGAUGAAGAAGAGCAAAGAGUUGUCCUUAAGUUUGCUCAGGGUACCUAUGUUCAUCACCGAGCUAUGAGAGAUGUAUGGAAAGAGCUGGACCCUGCUGCUAAACUACAAGAACUCCCGUGUAAGACAGCGGUUCAUCCAUUGUUCAGCACAUCAUUUGGCCUCCAUGUCGCAGUCAUCACUAACGAUGCACCACAAAAACUCUUCGUGUUUACACGUAGAGCUUUGAGAGGUGGCAUGGCCAGUCCUGGGACAUUGACCUGUGGUGCGGUUGAGAGCUGUUCCGUGAAAGAUUACGUUCAACGAGGUGAUAAAACGUACGUAGAACUAGUCAAAACAGCGGCAAGAGGAUUGGAAGAAGAAUUGGGAAUUGAACUUAAAGGGAAGGACAGAGAGGCCAUAUGUCUAACAACAGUGUAUCUGAAAUACGACAAUCACGAAUGGGGGAUGUGCGGAUUUGUUGAUCUUUCUGAUGAGCGUAUUGCUCCGGAGCGCCGUCUCACGUUUGAAUCGAUAGCGUCCAGGUUCACCGGAGGUGAUUGUAAGGAUAAGUUUGAGCACGAUCGUUUUGUUGCUGUGCCCUUUGAGUUGCAUAAAAUGGCACAUUACGUGCGCGAAAAUUUCCACGAUUUUGCAAGCUCUGGAAAGCUCGUCGUUGUUAAAGUAAUGCAGUCUUUUUUCGGUGUUUCCGAGGUGGAGAAAAUUUUCAAAGCUCUUGAUUCUUCGGGAUGAAGUUCAGUGCUUCCGCCAGUGACCAGUAUUGGGUACUUUUUUAUCAUUAUUAAUACGUUUUUUAUCAUUAAUAGUACUUUAUUCAAUAGUAACAGCCGUAGCUACGUAGCUCCACGUGAAGUGUAUGUAGCUCCACGUGAAGUGUAUGUAAUUACGAUUGUAUCUUUCUUUUUCUAUGAAAUGUUGGGAUUUAGUAAAAACUUUAAUAAAGACUUU